AUGAAAAGAGCAAAUGAAAAUGCAGAUAAUGCUCUUCGAAUUGCAAUUGAGAAGAAUUAUGUGGAAAUUGCGAAAAUUUUAAUUUCUCAUGGAGCUGAUUUCAAAACAGUAGGAUUAGGUUACGCACCUCUUCAUUAUGCAAUACUUUAUGAUCGUCCAGAAAUAACAAUAUAUCUACUUAUUCAUGGUGCAGAUAUUUAUGCAAAAGAUGGUAUUGGUAGGACAGUUUUUCAAGUGGCAAAACAUGAAAAAUGGAAUUUGUCAGCUCUAAUUGUUAAUUUAUAUCAUAUUAAGGUUUUAAAUCACAAGUUACUACCAUUCACGUUAAUCUCUUAUUUUAUUUGCUUCUUUUUUAUCAAAUAA